AUGUCUAAUAACUUGUGCUCAGAAGUCCACAGCUCUUCUCUUAGGAACUCUAGUCACAUUCCUGUCACCUCACCCAGUGGUCUCUGCUCCACUGAGAUGAAGUGUGGAGAUGUCCCUUGCUCUCCUACUAGGCCCUUGGACAGCAACAUGCCAUGUGACAACUGCCAAUUGCCCUGCGGUGAACAUGCGAGCUGCCAAUCAACCAGCUGCAACAGGAGACCUGGAAGUCCGUCAGUCUGCUCUCCGGUUACCUCAGGGAUGUCUGGAUCCCAGGAAGGAACUAGCUGUCUUCCUGUAACAUCCCGCAAUUCCAGCUUUGGCCGUCCAACGUGUUGCAGACAGCCUUUGAGCGGCUACAUUCCAACUUACCUGUCUUAUGGCUGUCAACCCUUGGGCUACCUGACCUAUGGGCGUCCACCACUGAGAAACCAGACCUAUGGAUGCCAGCCUUUCAGCUACAUGUCUGACUACUACAGGCCCACAAGCUAUACAUAUGGCUGCUUUCAACCAUACUCCUCUUUCCUGACUGGAAGGCGUUAUCCUUACUAA